AUGGCAUUAUGUGUUGCAUUACUUGUUGAUCAAAAACUACUAAGUUAUGAUGAUUUGAUUACUAAACACUGGCCUGAUUUUGGUAACAAUGGAAAAGCCAACAUUACUGUACAGAUGUUACUGUCACAUACUGCUGGAUUACCUUAUUUGGAAGAAAGAAUUAGUUUAAACAAUGCUACCAAUUAUAUAAAUAUGAGGAAAGUUUUUGAAGAUGAAAAGCCUAAAUGGUCUGCGGGCCAGAAGCUUGGCUAUCACGCAUAUACCUUUUACUGGCUGGUUGAUCAAAUCGUUCGGCAUGUUGACUUGCAAAAACGAGGCAUUCGACAAUUCUUUAACGAAGAAAUAGCUAUAAAAUUUGGCAUAAUAAGAAUGCCUUCUUGGUCAAACAUUCUCAGUGAACUGUAUCAAAGGCCGAGUUUGAUCAAAACUAUUCCAUUUAAUUUACUUUAUAAAGAUUCAUUAAUUUACAAAGUAGCGAGCAGUUUGAAAUGGUUGCAUCCAACGAAACCUAUGCAGGUGAAUAAUCGAAAUUUUUACCGUUUACUGUGUUUUGGAUUUGGUAAUGCGCGAAGCUUAGCGAAAACAUUUCAUGUGUUAUUAACUAAAAAAGUGGUCUCGACAGAAACUCAAUUUCUUAUUAGCAAAGUUAUUGUAAACAGUACAGAUAACUGUUUCAUGGAACGUUUUGCAAGGGGUAAUGGCUUUAUGUAUUUUGACAUAAAACAACGUGAAGAGAUGUGGUAUGCAUAUGGACAUUCUGGUUUUGGUUGUCAGCAAGUUCUUCAUGACUUUAGAAAUGAUCUCACAAUUGCUUAUGUUACAAAUGCUAUCAAAAUUGGCACUUACAAAAAUUGUCGCACUUAUAGUCGCUUGCAAAAUAUUAUUUAUAAAGUAGUUAGAAAAUACAAUAAAAGUUAUCCUUUGUAA